AUUUUGAUAUCGCAAAGUCACGCCUAUGUGAGCCAUAUCCAACACCAAAUCAACACUCUGAUCAACCAGUCAUCCACAGCCAAUAGCGCCGAAAAAGCAGAAAGAGCAAGGAACAGUUUUUCAAAAUGCCAGGUGCAACGCCAGAGCAGGCGCAAGUCCAAAUUCUAGACCCAACAUCUGCGACAGAUGAGGAGAUCGACCCGGCGGUGGAUCGCGACAGGAUACGGGUCCUAUCCGGCGCGACAGAGAGCGCUGCAUCCUUCCAAUUUGAUGGCGAGGAUCACACGCUCGGCAAUGCGCUCAGAUACGUAAUCAUGAAGAAUCCUGAUGUUGAGUUCUGCGGCUACUCUAUCCCGCAUCCUUCCGAAGCCAAGAUGAACUUGCGCAUUCAGACCUACGACGGUGUUAGUGUGUAUACAGUGCUUGACAAGGGGCUCGAAGACCUUAUGGCUAUGUGUGAUGUCGUCGAGGAGAAAUUCAAGGUCGCAAGAGAUGACUUCGUGAACAAGAUGGAGGAAUAG